AUGGAUGAAUAUCAAUCAACAUCUGAGCUUGAAAACGUACCAGCUGAAUACCAAUCCCAUAUCUACUUCUACAAUUCACCUCCUAAAGAAGAUGGCUAUUUGAAAGCAUCAGCAGCACCAAGUGAUUCGGGACAUUAUCAUGGCGAAUUUGAAUUUUUGCAAAAUCCUUCUCCAGGUCUUGACAAUAAUUCAGUUAUUUGCUCAUCAAAUAUGAAACAACUAGUAGCUAGUUUUCAUACCCAUGUUCACGACCCUCUAGGUGAUAAAAUACCUUCAUACCACCCAUUCCACCCAUCAGAUAUGACAAUAGAUGAUAAAGGGAUACUUCGGAUACCCCAUAUCAGUUAUGAUCCAAUAAUAACAAAACAAGAGGCAAUGAAACCUUCUCAUACCUUAACUUCAAGUUCUUCAAAUUCUUCAGCUUACUCGUUUUCUUUGGAUCAUCCAACUAGACAAAUGUUUCGAUCUUUAGCAGAAUCACCUCUAUUUGAUUCAUUUGAUCAAAAUAGUGGUGCUUCCGAAAACCUGCGGCAGAUUUAUACCCAACCAAACGCUAAUACUACACCAUCCGAACAUGGAGAUUCUCCAGGAGCCCCCCACUUUGCACGAGAAAAUGAUGCAGCAAGCUUCAUGUUUGCAUCACAUCCGGAAAUUAAUGAUGAUGAAGAAGUUACUCAGUUGAUGAGCUCUUUCCAUUUUUGGGAUCCUCUUAACCGUUCACAGUUUCGUAAUGAAGAAGAAGAUAAUAGCCUACAGCCAUUGUAUAUGUCUGAAGAAUCAAUGCAACAAAACACAGACGCCUCUGUAAUCUCACAUCAAGAUGGGUCGGGGUUUCCCGAAAACUCAGAAAUUGUUCAUCGUUCAACACUAAUCCGGCAUUUGACAAUCCAUGUACAAAAUACCCUUCGAAGAAUUCGAUUGCGCCAUAUUUCAACUAUUGGUGAAUACCAAACAGAUGAUUCUUAUACCAACCAUACUAAUGAUAUUAGAGCUGAAGAAGAAAAUGAAAUACCAAUUUAUAGUAAUAAUUCUUAUACCAGACUAGGUAUACCUGAAGAUGAAGAGGAAUUUCAAGCGCACCGAGGAAUUAGACGUUAUCUUCGAGGGUUAUGGACCAGCGGCAGAUCACCUGAGGAUUCUGGAAGACGGCUUUUUAGUCGAGAAAGGAGAAGAGCUGCUGAUACAAUUUUUGGUUCACUUGGUGAAUCUCAAGAUGUUGAUAACACAGCAAACAGUAUACAAAGAGGUCAUACAGCAUUUUUUGGAUUUUCUCGGUUUUCUCGAGGAGAUAGCUAA